GAAAUCUGAAACGAACGUGAACCCUUUUUAUUACAAGUCUCGACAAAAGAAGGUGCAACAGCGAAGGCAAGCAAAAUCGCAAAAAAAAAGAGAAGAAAGGUGAAAGAGAAGGGGGAGGAGAGAAGGAAGAGAGAGAGAGAGAGAGAGAGAGGAAGUGGAUGAAGGUGGUGGAUGGUGUGCAGUGGAGGAGAAGUUAGAUACACAAAGAUAUGAAACGUCGAGAAGAGAAGUGAAAAGAGGAGAGGAGAGGAGAGGAAACGAGAGACUAGGAGAGGGAAACGCUCGGCGCACGCUACCCCACGCGCGCGCGCGCGCGCGCGUGUUCUUACAAAACAACGCAUCUGAACACUCUGAACCCGUCGCUGAACGCGCUUCAACAGUUCGGCACGAAUUCACAUUGAGUUGAUUAUUCUGACGGACGCGCGGGUUUCAUCGCGUCGCCGCCAUAUUGGCGGCUCGAUAUAACACGUACUAAUAAUAAGUUCAGAUUGGAUACGGUAGGCAUCGUAGUUAACGCGCCGAUUUUACCGUCGUUGAAUGUCGCUACUACAAAUGUGCCAUAAACAGCGCAGUGAUCAUGUCAUAAUAUUAACAACCAUAUUUAACUAUAUGUAACUAAAUCGGAUAAAAAUUUCAUUGUUUAAACAUGGGACUACAUUGUCUAAACUACACUGUUUUUUUUUGUCCACUUAAUUUUAUAUACGUAUGCUAAAUAAAUUGUGAUUUCGUUUCUUUAUUUUUUUUUUUUUUGAAUGAUACAUACGAUAUCGACACCGGAUAACUCACGAUCGAUUAAACGGAAAGUAAUGUUUUCACUUGUAUAGUUAACAGGAUACUUGUUUGAUGUACGUAUGAAAGUUUGUCUUGUGUUUAGAUUGACCUUAUAGCCGUUUACUAUUUCCACUACGAUUGUAAACAUUAAUAAAUAUUAUCGAUAAAUAUAAAUAGAACAGUAAAUCCUGCAACGAAUCAUUUUUAUGGCUAACUUUCUCAGUGACUGAAAGAUAUUUCGUGCGAAACCUGUGAACUGUUUAUAACUACGAAUUAUAAAAUGUGCAUUUUGUUGACUGACGAGUAUUACUGGCAUAUCUAAGUGCCAAUGAACACUUGCCUAAGUUAAGAUUGAUCUUUGUUGAUGGCUUCAUGAUAAUUUAUAUUGUUUAUAACAAUGCCUAGUGGAAAUGAACAAUUCAUUGGAUCAAGACUUUGAGGAAUUUAGAUUUUCAGAUGAAAGCAAAAUUUGUAAAGAUGCAGUGGAUGAUUUGCAAAAAUUUGAUAAACAUAUAGACGAUCAGAAUUCAAUAUUUUCCUUACGAUUUUCACUAUUCAGUUGUGAAGUGUGUAAGAAACAGUUUGUAACAAAAAAGCAAUUACGCACUCACAUUCAUACGCAUUUAGGAAGGCCACGUAUAGUUUUGAAAAGAGUUACAAAUCUGAAAGGUAUCAAGAAGAAGCACAGUAACAGAUAUUGGCUAGACCCUGAAAAGAAGGGAUCAUUGAAGCUGACAUUGAAAAAACAGAGUUUCACUGAUUCCCUGAAACUCAAGCUUAAAAAGUCGUCAGAGUCUGAAGACUUCACUGUUGUGAAAAGCAACAUUAAUCUGGGGACGGAAAACCACGGUCAAAGAGACGUGGCUGGAGCAAAGGAGAAUGAUCAAAGACAUGAGAAAGAUACAGAAAGUUCGAUUAAUCAGUCAUUUGAAAACGUGAUGGUAGAGCAACAGGAUGAAUAUGAAAGCAUUAAAUUCAAUACCGAUGAUCAUAAUCCAUUGGAAGAAAAUGACAGGCCAUCCAUAGAUGUCAAUGAAGCUGAUUCAGGUGUAGGAAGUGAUAUGGCAAAUCCAUCCGAAAAGGAAGAUCAAAACGAUGACCUACAAAGUACAGACCAGUAUGACAAUUCGGAUAAAAGACUCUCUGAGACAGAAGAUCAUGAAGAGUCAGAUGCGUUGGAGGCAACAUGCAGAGAAACAAUUGAAAAUUUGAAGAAACUUGGCGAACAGUCUGGAUCUAGAUCUAUGAAUCAAUUAAUUGAUAAUUCAGGCAUUGAAGAGGAUGAUGAUAGAGGUCAUGAAUCCAACAUGAUACAUGAUUUAGAAGAGAAUCCAGCUAUUAAUAUUAUUUCAAAGUCUUCUACAUUCUCAAAUCAUACAGCAGACUGUACAACAGUGUGUGACGAUGAAGAUAAACCUGAUGAGGAGCCAACAGAAAGCCCGACUGGUUUUAAUUGGAAUCAAUUGUCUACUAAUUUAUCAAAUAAGAACAAUGACAAUUCUAAAGAAAAUGAAGAGCAGCCUGAUCAUGGGGGUGAUAAUAAUAUUGAGAAUGCUGGAUCUCUUUUACAAAAUUUGAUUGAACACCAAAGACAUAAUCAAAAUGAAACAUUAUCAAAUAAUUUACCAUCGGAAACCGAAUAUGUUUCGCUUGAAAAGUUAGCCGAGACUGUUAGUACUUGUCGUGUUUGCAAUGAAAAAUUUAAGGAUAUUGCUCAUUUAGAUGAGCAUCGGAGCAAAGCCGGUCACUAUCAGUGCAAUAUUCCGGAAUGUAUAAAUCUUAUUUUUCAUUCACCAUUGGAAGUUUCUAUGCAUAAAGCUCAAAUGCAUGGAACGCCCCUUUCUCCGAGCGUGAGCCAACUGUCUCCUCAUUUAAAUACGAGUUCGCCUCAUUUGAACCAAAAUUCACCUCAUUUGAGCCAAACAUCUCCGCAAUUAAAUACACAUUCACCUCAUGCAGUAUCGUUGGAAUCUCCAAAUACACCAAACUCGCAACAGUUAAAUAGGAAUUCUCCUUUAACUUCACCGCAUCAAACAAACUCGCCCACAUAUAAUGCAGUAGCUAGUGCUGGACAGCAAAUAAUACCGCCUGUUAAUUUUGAACAACUACCCGCACCUGUUCAACAGUUAGCUCAACAAGUACAACGUAUGCCACUUCCGCAAACGCAAAUGCCUCCAAGUCUUCCACCAGGUGCUAAUACAAUGAUCCCUGGUCCAAAUUACUUUGUACAACCACCGGGAAGACCACCGUUGUAUAGAGUUCCCGGUCCACAGGGCAUGCAUUAUCCUCCUCAUGUAGCACACCUAUAUCCGCAGUAUGGACCGGGUCCAUAUCCGCAAAUGACUGCACCGCCGCAAAUGCAUCCUCAAUUGCCUCAACAAAUUUCACGUGGAAGGUAUCCUACUCUUGCACAAAGUAGUCGGGCACCGCGGAUUCCACAAACGGGAUCGACUCCGCGGCAACGUAUGAAACGUCCUAUGCAACAAUCAAUGCAGGUACAACAGAACAAUUCUGCAAUAAAACAACGACGAAUGGAUGUUUUAUUGCCAGAUAGAAAUGAAGAUGCAGAUUGUCAUGUUAUUGCACAGCAAAAACGAAACGAUGGUCUACCUGUUAUUCAAAAUGUUCAAGGUGCUACUACUCAACAGACAAGCAGAAAUGAUUCUACUAUACAUCUUACGGAUUCCAUAACUCUUAGUGUUAGACAACCAGCUCAAGUGCAGAAUACAUCAGGUGCUGGGGGCAAGAAGUCUGAUGCAAAGGCUGUGGCUAAUGUUCUGGCAGCCAGAGGUAUUACUGUUACUCCAGCAGCAAAUAAAAAUAAAUCAAGUGAACAAAACAAACAGCAGAUACCUCCCCAGCAACAGAGGACUACGUCUUCACAGCAGCCUUUAAAUGUUACAGCGCUCACUCUGAAUUCUGCUAUUUCUAUCAUACCAGCUAGUUCACAAAAAAAGCAACAAGAACAGGGUCAGUUUGCUGUUCCUCACAAUAAACAAAACAAAACAGCUGUGAACGAAGUGGAAAGACCUCCGAGACCUCCCACUGUAGAUUUAACACAAGAUACUCCGCCGCAAAUGCCAGUAGUCAGACGUGGAAGACCUCCACGAGCAUUAUUAACUUGUCAGGUGUGUGAUAAAAAUUUCCAAAAUCAGGAAAUGUUGACUCAACACAUGGCUACUCAUCGUGCACCAAGUAAAUUACUUCAUAAGUGUAAUCUUUGCCCUGCCCAAUAUCCAACAGCUCAAGCUCUAACAACGCACAAACAAGUGUAUCAUAAAGAAGUUGAUACUGUAGCACAAAAUGGUGGUGCAGAAUUAGCAUUACCGGUUGUAGAUUUGAAAUCUCCCCAUGUGUUGAAUCGUUUAUCGAAUCUUGGUAUACAGAGCUACAUCCCUCUGUCACAGCUUAGUGCUCAAACGGGCGGGUAUUUUGGAUUACCUAUAAUUACAAUAGAUGGUGCACGAAAUCCUAAUACUUGUAAUUUAGGUGCACUUGGUGCCACAUCUAUUCUAAGUCUGGGUCCUCUUAAACAUUUGUCAAACAGGUAACUGUGGACAAUUUUACGUUUGCCCUAUGUCUUAUACAAUAUUUUUAAUUAUUUUAUCAUUUUCAUCAAGAGUUGCUUAAUACGAGUAUUACUACAUCGCCUAUUUAUCGUAAGAACUUGCUUUUAUUUUCUUCAUUUUCUACACAAAUUAGAUGACAAACUCGAUCUAUUUGAUGAUUUUAUAUAAUGAAUUUUACAUUUUUUAAGUUUUUCUACUAGUUUAUGCUUUAUUCUUUACUAUUUCGGAUGUUUCUACAUUUUCUGUUUUGUUCUCAUAACUUAGUUUAUGCAAUCUAAAGCAAUACAGUAUUUAUAAUGAGAGCCGAAGAAUUGUUCGUGUUAAUUUAGAAUAAUAUAAAACAAGAUUUGAAGUACACAAUCAUUGUGCAAAGAUAGUGUAUAUGUACGUCAAUAUAGCAUAUUAUGAGAAAGUCGCGGGAAGUUGCGCGCAAAUCAUUCGCCACUAUUAGCAUAUAUAUAUAUAUUUUUUUUUUUUUCUAAUAAAGGCAUGAUUAAAAAUUCAUUAAAUUUAUCCUUCAAAAGUAAUUUUUUGAAGAUACAUUCUACAUGGUUCAUAAAAAAUGAGUCCAAGUAGUGCCACUCAUCAACGAUAUAAAGUUAUUAGGACCCUGCAUGAAAUUAAAGGAAAGGACAGCAUCGUUAAACUUUUAACUUAAUAAAAACAAAAUCACAUUGGUUUUAUUGAAGAAAAAGUAUUUUUCGUUCGUUUGAACGAAUAUUAGAGAGAAACUAUCGUUAUGUGAUAUACCUCGUAUCACUUGCGAUAUGUGAUAUACUAUCUGAUGUCGGGAACAGUAACAUAUACAUUGUGAAAAUUACAAGGUACCUAAUUAUUAGAUUUGUUCACCUAAAGGACUAUCCUGGAUAUUUUAAUCGAUUCUUAAGGCAGUAAGUAACUGUAUCAUACAAUGUUGUUAAAUCACGUCCGUGUUUUUGAAUGAAAGAUUUAUAAAUUAUAAAUCAUAUAAAGUUAAUAUUUAAUUAUUUUUUUGUGAAACGAGAUUUCGUUCGAGCAGAUGAUAUUCGUACAGAUUACAGAUGUAAUAACGAUUGUAAAUAUAUUUUGUAAAAAAAAAAAAACGAUUACAGUCAAAGCAUACGCUUGUUUGUACUUGAAACUCUAUAAAAAGAACUACUAAUAAUUAUGUAAAUGACUUAAUGACUUAAACAGCGAACAUUUAUUCUUAUGAAAUCGCGAGCGAUCUUUAUUUAUUAUCAUUCCUAUUGAAACAUUGCUGUAUGUAAAUAAUUAUCAUUCUUUUUUUUUCGUGUACUAUGUAUAUUUUUAAAAUAUAAGCGAGGUCAUCCGUUCCGUUUAAAUGAUAGAAAAUGAAAACGAUCACUGAAACGCGCAAGAACUGAUUUAAAAUAAUAAUAAUUGUAUAUAUUUGUAUGAUAAUAAAAAGAAGUGAAGUAUAUGAUAA